UUUUUCUUAGAGUAGAACUUUGUAUUUCCUUUGAAAGUAUAAGUGCAAUAUUAGCCUUAUAUGCAGUUUGCUUUUCUGUAUUUGUCUAGAUAAGUUCAGAAGACUUGACUCUAAAGCAAAUCAGUCUUUCAGAUACUGAUUUCCAAUCAGUUUCUGUAAUUAAGUCCAGUUUGGAAGAAGUUAAAAUGAUAGCUAACCCACAUAGCAAUUCAUUUUUCUUUUGCAUUUCAUAGCAUUUGCAGUCAUCUCUGCUAGCCCCAGAAUCAAACAGUGUCUCCUAUUCCCGGAAAUCCCUUGACUUCUAAAAGUCUGUUUCCUUUCUCUUAGUGAAAAUUCAUUGUUUUAAAAUAUGAAAUUUUACCUGGAUUAUUUUUAGGCCCAUAUUCUUCUGCUAUGAAAAGCAAGCUGCCUAUACUACAGAAACAUGGAAUAACCCACAUAAUAUGCAUAAGACAAAAUAUUGAAGCAAACUUUAUUAAACCAAACUUCCAACAAUUAUUUAGAUAUUUAGUCUUGGAUAUUGCAGAUAAUCCAGUUGAAAAUAUAAUACGUUUUUUCCCAAUGACUAAAGAGUUUAUUGAUGGGAGCUUGCAAACUGGAGGAAAAGUUCUUGUCCAUGGAAAUGCAGGGAUCUCUAGGAGUGCUGCCUUUGUUAUUGCGUACAUUAUGGAAACAUUUGGAAUGAAGUACAGAGAUGCAUUUGCUUAUGUUCAAGAAAGAAGAUUUUGUAUUAAUCCUAAUGCUGGAUUUGUCCAUCAACUUCAGGAAUAUGAAGCCAUCUACUUAGCAAAAUUAACAAUACAGAUGAUGUCACCACUGCAGAUAGAAAGGUCAUUAUCUGUUCAUUCUGGUACCACAGGCAGUUUGAAGAGAACACAUGAAGAAGAAGAAGAGUUCGGAAGCAUGCAAGUGGCAACUGCACAGAAUGGCUGACUCGAGCAACAUUAUAGAGGAUGUGAAUUUCUAUUUGAGAAGGAGAAAAUACUAGAGAAAUAAUAAUGUGAAAUGAUAAAAACACAAGUAGUUUCUUUUCAAUUAUAUGUUGCUUCCAGACAUGUUUCUCUGUAACUUGCUGAGCAACAUUUUAAGAAGAUUUUGGACUUCUGCAAUAGAUGGCACUGAUGGUUUUAAUCCUUUUUUUUUUUUUUUUUUUUUUUUAAACUUUACAGUUUUAUUAUAAACCAAGAAUUUUGGACUUGCAAAGAGGUAUUAUUGCAAUAAUGCACUUUUCAUACUUGAAAUUUAUUUGUAUGAUAGAGUUAUUACUUUAAACAAAAUGCAAGUUAGGGGGGAUUUGUUUAUAAAAUUUGGGUAAUUUAUAACAAAAGAAUUUACUAAAGUUUGCUAAAAAUUCAUUUUUUGUUCUAUAUAUUACAUUUUUAAAAUAAAUUUACAGUUGAGUUUUAUGAUGGAGCUUCUUACAGAAACAUUAAAAUGCAGGAAUCUGCUACAUACUUUUUUAGUAUCACUAAUACCUUAAUUAUCCUUUUAUUUUUUUAAAAUUCUCUUGAUCUUUUAUUAAUAGUCUUAAAUCAUGACAUUAGCUAACUUCUCUUACUUUAAUAUGAUCCAAUUAAUGCUUCCUUUCCUACUACCUUCCUAAUUUGUUUAUUCUAUUUAAAAAAAAAAGUUUAAUGAACAAAGGAAAAUAUUUUACUUUAUAGUACCAGAUGCUCCAAAAAGAAAGAUACUAAGUUUCACGCGACUUUCUGUUUGACAUUUCUUUUGGUAAAAGCCAAAUGUUCUAUCUGUUCUUUUCAGAGUCACCUAGUGUGUUUUUGUUUCUUUGUCCAAAAUGGUUCUAAAUAGAAUGUACCAGUGUAGCACUAUUUUCUUUUUUUAAAAUGAAGCCCAGAAAAGUGCCUUGCAUCAUUUUAAAAAAAAGAUAAAUCCUCAUGACCUCCAAAUUAAUAUGUAUAACAGUGAAAAAUUCCUAAUGUUUUUCUGUAAUCUUUUCCUUUUUUAAACCAUAAAUUAGUUUAAACAAAGUAUGAGGCUUGAAAACCUCAGUAAAUUAUUUGGAAUAUGGAACGUUUACUUCUGUUCAUUUUAUGUUGUCUUAAUGAUUCUGUGAGGUUGCUCAGACAAAAGCUUUUCUUUAAAGAUGCAUUUAUUGGGGAAAGUGAUUUGUGAAAGACUUAGUGUGUUUUAAAUUAACUUUAUAAUUAGUUCUUUAAGUUAAUCCAAAUGUCCCCCAUAAUUUGCAGUAGCAAAGUCACUUUAUGGAUCUUUGGUUCUCCAUGUUUUUAUUUAUAUGUAUAAAAAUUGUUCUAAGAAAAACGUUUUUUUCUAUCUAGGUAUGUGAUGUGAGGGAGGAGAGGAGUGUUUUUAACUUUUUGUAGCUUAUGACUUUAGGGUAGCACAAACAAAACUCCUUUGUAUCUCAGUUUUCUCAGUCCUCUCUUGAGGUGCUUUACUAAUGGGAAUGAUUUUCAUACAUUCUCUUGGUAUCAGGAGGUACUAUGCAAGGUAACUUAUUACACCAAGUUACUUGCUUUCCUUUCCUCCCUGUGAUGUAAUAAUACAGUAAAAGCUUUUUUAUCCAGCAGAGUGAGAGAGGUGGAAAUGACUUAAAAUGCUUUGUUAAUUAAGAGUUAAUAUCUGUUGGUGUUCACCACCCUAAAAACAGCAUAUUGUUAAUCCCAUUGUGGUCCAGUAUUCUGUUGUGUGAUUAGGUCAUUUGGUGUAGUGGUCUAGUGGAGACAAGAUUUGCAUUGGGUGUUCAGAAAUACCAGUUGGUGAAGUGUCAGAUGACACAGCUUUCCUGAAUAUAAUUCACUAUUGGAUAGGUCAGCAAAGAUCUGUCUUACAAGCCAAGAAUCUACGACAUUUCAUUCUGCAAAACUGCUUAAAAGAAUCCUUCAUAAUAGUAAAUUUAGAUUUUAAAAUUGAGGCAGUUAAGAUUUUUUUUUCUUAAUUUGUUUCUUAAAUACACAUAUCCUUUCUAGUAGUCUGACCAGAAGUACAGAUUUUGGUUAUUGAUAUUGAUUUACAGCUGAAAAUUUUCCACUUUUCUAUCCACUAUAAUUUUUAUGCUGUCACUAAAGUGCCUGCCCAGCACUGUGUAUUAAAAACAGUCUCUCACAAACAGUAGAAAAAGGGACUGGGUUCAUCUUGGUUACAGUAUUAAUGUGGGCAUUACAUAGGGUUCAGUCUUUGUUUCAUAUAAAACAUUGCAAGUUUCUUUUUUCUUGGAUUCAUUCUUCCACCUACUGUUGAAGUAGUUCUUCUAGUAGCUCUUCUGUUUGGUUCCAUUUCUGUGAUUCCUGUUUCCACUAAUGUUUCAUGAUAGACAGUUAACUAAGAGAAAUUUAACCAAUCAUGAUCUAUUUUCUAGAGUAUGUGAAUAAUGUAUGUAAAUCUGGGCACAGAAUUUAAAGUGAAAUUGUAUCAAAAAUAGGAAAACUGCAUUACUGUCUAUUUUGAAAGUAUGAAUAACUUAAGUACUGAAAAUGUUCUAAUUCUUAAUGGCAGUAUUCUUACUUUCUAAUUUCAGCUAAUUGGUUCAUGUUAAUUUAUUAGAUGUUUAAACAGCAGUUACUUUUGUUUAUUGAUAUCUACUCGAUGGUGGAAAUGAUAAACAGUGAUAGCAUUUGCUACCAACUCUCAGCCACUUAACUUUUAGAGCAGAAUAUUAGUUUUGGGGGGAUUUUGUGCUUCAUCUGAGUUUAGACGUAAUGUCAGAAAAUGUUAAGCAUGUCCUUUUUAAGAAAAUAUAAGAUUUCUAAUUGUCUUAUUACCAUGGUAAUUCAAGUGAAUUAGAAGUAUUUAACUGCAAUCUUGAAUUAUAAAGUUGGGAUGUAUAUAUCAGAUCUCAACUUGAUGUAAAGUAAAUGAGCAGUUACCUGGCGGAUUUUUUUUUUUUUAAUAACUGGUUUAAUCCAUAAUUCCAUAACUUCAUUUCAAUAUUUACUUUAUCUUUGUGUAUUCAGCAGUGCUCCAAUAAGGAUAGGAGAUUAUCUGAGUAUUAUUAAAAGAUUUUAAUUUUUUUGAUUAGAAAAAGUAAGUUUCUAGGGUCUUUGAAUGCUGGAUUUUUUGUCUUACCAUCCAUGGCAGCUAAAAAAAAGAAAAAAAAAAUCACUCAAAAUAUUCAGGUUUACAUGUUAGCUCCCUUUCAUAGGGAGUUGUCAUACCUCACAGUUCAAAGUGUAUUCUAUAGAUCAGUAACAUUAUACUGACAUGUAAUUGCAAUUUACUAUGCAGCAAAAUGAUUCAAGAAGAAAAAUAACCUACAGUGUCUAUUUACCUUUGUAUAGGCAAUUGCUUAAUUUACUCUGCUUUUAACAAAUAUUUGUAUUUGGAUAAAAUGCUUAUGUGUGUAUAGGAAUGUCACAGUGCAAAAUGCUGCUAGCCUCGGCACAAAGUAUUAAAAUUAUUUUGUGAAGAUUGGUGGUUGUAUUAAACUGUUGUGCCAUUAUA